GUUGUAGUGCCAAGGAAGAAAAAGAAGAAGAAGACUACCAGGUAUAUUAGUAUCUGGGGAGUGAUUGUGGCGAUCGUGCCUAGUUUUUCUUUCACCCAUUCCCAAUACUUUUUUAAUUUUAUUAGGCGGUUUUUCACGCAUUAGAAGCAAAGCUGGAUCGUCCGGCACCAAUCUCAUGACAUAACCGGGUUGUCCUGUAACACAUAUAGGGCCACAAAUUCUACCAGGCAGCUUACUCUCGAACGUGGCCAACAGGAUUUUGUCAGGUUUGGAAAGAGUCAAUGUCUCAGACUCGUAGUGCUGCGACUGUAAAUGUUUGAGUGGUGAAUUUUUCUCACGCCGUAGUAUGACCAGUUGUAUGUUGUUAUUGGCAAAUGGUAUAAAAAAGCUGCAUGAUAGCUAAGUGGUAUUAAUCAGUUUAAUAAGUUAAAUAUGUCUUGCAUGAUGUAUAAGAGCAGGUUAAGACAAGAAGAGAUAUGGAUUCCGCCAACUAUACUCCAUCAGCAUACUUUUCAAACAAAAUAACAUGAAAACAAAAAUGUUAUUCGUCAGGUUUACCAAAGGUUGCACCCUCAGCAAAACAAUUGCCCCGAAAGCUAAUCCAUUUCCUAUAGCUUCCUUUUUGGAGUUUGAUAAAACCAUCAAUUGAACGCAUCAUAUUACCCGACCCCGUCCUACGCUCGCUCGCCUCACAUUUAUGGGACGUCACAUCCCCUUUAAAUCGACAGCUGAGAUUGUAUGUAACCAAAACCAACGAUCUGCAAGCACGCUGACGGCGAAUAGCGGCACGAUAAAAAGCUAACAUUAACCAUUACGAAGCGCAUUCACAGCAACAAACCCAGCACCAGCCAAACAAGCGAGUGCGAAACAACUAAGCGGAAACGAACCUGGGUGGAGAAAGUCACCAACCAGUGAUGCUGAUGGUCGUCCAUCCAGCCGUCGAAAGCAUGGCGAACGAACGGAACGAAAGCACACGGUACAGCACAUUGUACCGUGGUAUGACCUAAAUUUUACUGCCGUUUCAUAUUGUUUGAGGAACUAGUUAGCUUUAUGGAUCAUGAUAAAAUGUUUGGUUUCGGGUACGUUUCGUCCCCGGGCCAGGAUUACCCGUAGCGCCGAUCAUUGGAAGAAUGCAUCGGAAGGCACAAUUACACGAUGGCUCGCUAUGGGCGGCCAGAAUGGCGGAAUGAAACCAUCGGUCCGGUACCCGGUAAUCGUUACCCAUCAUCGUUGAUAUCCCGAGGAUUGCUCCACACACACACACCCUGAGACAAAUAUACCGAUUGCAUGUGUAUCUUUUUCCCGCCCUGCUCCACCAUUAGGACAUAUCACGUUUUCGUUAAUGAUAAGCUUCGUUGCGGGGGCCAUUUUUUUUUUUUUUUUGUUUGUUUCCUUCUUUGGUGUACCAGAAAACUAGAAUAUAGCGGAAAAUCGGUUCCAUAUUACAUCGGCCGGUCCGACGGUGUACAUGCGCUGGUACGCAAACAACGGCACACAAUUUUAGCAUCCAUGCUGUGUUCCCGAUAGGAUCGGGACCGGUGCCUGAGAGUUGCAACCUUUUCCAGGCGCUUAAUUUAUCUCACCCUUGGCACACACUCACUUCCAGCCACAAAACUUGUCGCUCAUUACCUACUGCUUUGUCGUCGGAAAAUGGCACCACUAGUAGCUAGAAAAUCCGCCAGUAAUGGGUAGGAUUUCUUUUAAUACCGACUUUCCCCCCGGUCCACUUCAUCCGUCCGGACAACGCCAACAGCCAGCAUCGCCGGACACACGCCCGUCUUAAUGAAGUUUGUUCAAAUAUUGACCAUCUCCCUUGUUUUGCUCCAUCUUCGUGGCUGUGUGAAGCUCAAGACUAAUGUUACUUAUGUGUUGGCCAAACCAAACAAACCACGAUUGUCCACACACACACACUCGUUAUGAUGUCACCAAACGAAAGAUUUGCGCUGCGUUCAAUAGAACCUCUGCACCUUCCGCUCUGCACUUUUUGUCCGUGGGAGCAAAUGAGGAGCGAGCCUCAGCUCUGCGACAGUACGUGCGACUCCCACCAAGAGGACGCGCGCCCACAAGCGAUAAGAAACAGGCAGCACAUCGGGCGGAAAUAAGUAGUAGCCCUUUUGGGGGCUAAAUUACCGGCAUCCGGUGGGAGAGACAAUAGGUCGUUAAAUUGUCCAAUUGAGUGACAAUAAUGAUGAAGCUACUCAGGAAAACACAAACUUUUUCCCCGUUUUCAGCGUCAUCUCUUAAAGCUUUGCUGUUAGCAUCCAGCAAUCUUUCGUUAGGUAAUGAUUAAUUAAAUCAUAUACGGAGCUCAUACAAACCUGACCAUUGGGACAAAUAGUUUUUGUUGCUGCAAUAUACAUUCGAAAUGUAUGCAACCAUCUCAGACCCUCUCAGAGUGUAGCUAGGCCAAGUUUAGAAUGUUCUGCCCGUCUUCGAGACGGUAGAGACGUCAGUAUGCACAUGACAGAUACUUAGUAUCCAGCUGCGGGUAAGCUCAAGUGAAGAAAGUCUGAUCUGGUUUUUGCACUACCUGUAGCAUUUCCAUUUUCCAUCUCAAAACAAAAAAGCAAUAAUCUUUUCGACAGAAACCUUCAUCUAGCAAUCAUUGGCUGUACCAUGUCUGAUUGAAGAACAAACAAAGAAUGGCAAAGUAGGCUAUGACUUAAACGUCAUGACGUCAUGUUACAUCACGACACGUCAUGAAGUUGGCCCAUUGCUCGUGAAACCGUGUAGUUCUGCACAUCGCAAAUCGCCUCCAAUAUCUCGGUCCUCUAUUGCUGCGGUACAACUUACGCCAUGGAAAAGGAGGAAACCAUUUCUCCAAUUCAGCAGCUCCCGUACGAGGUGCUCUGUAAAAUCUUUGACUUCCUCGACAUAAACAGCGUGAAGCAGUGUUCUCGUACAUGCCGGCGUUGGCAAGAAACCAUUUUUUCCGACUAUUACAUCAAACGGUUCAAGAUGUCCAUAAGCCUUCCGCUAUGCCGCAACGAGGAGAUGCAAACUUUGAAGCAAUCCAAUCGUUUGUAUUGUAAUGUAAAUCUUAGGCUAUGUUCCAGCACAGCUCCUUGCGUCAACGGUGCCAUUUUCAACGGGAUCUAUACAAUCUUUUGCUAUCCGAAGCUAGAGCAGUUGGUGACAUUGAAAGUAGCUAUUCCGACGGUUCAGCAUAAUGCUAAACGCAUGCUAACGGAUGCCAUCAAACAUAUGAAGCACCUUCGAGAACUGCACAUUGAUUCUUCCACCGGCUCUUUAAUAGAGAGCAAUCAGAUGGAUAGGAUUCAAAUUCUUAGCCAGUCGAUCCAGUCGCUAGUGGCGCAAGCGAUACUGCCAACAAUUGUGAAAGCUCCGAAGCUGACUUCAUUGCGCGUAGUGAUCUACACCCACCAAACUGUGCCCGUUCACAACGAAAAAAUGUUCUACUCGUGCCGGUUGCCGAACCUGCAGGACCUAGAGCUUGAAAAAAAAUCGAACGGGAGCUUUGCUAGCCGGCUCAACGUGAAUCACGUCUUAACGUUCUUUAGCAAUCUCAAGUCGCUGCAAACAUUGAGGCUGAAAAAUGAACGCACUUGUGGCUACUUGUUCAAAGCAAUCUGCGAACACUGCAUUAACCUGAAGGAGCUGUUCGUAGCGUCGUUACACAUCGUCGAAACCUCGACAUUGCGUAAUCUUUCAAACCUUGCUAACCUUCGCCAUCUUACAUUCGAGCACAUCGAAUGCCUUGAACCCGUGCCAUUUCGAGCCGUCCAGCUACCUAAUCUAGAAUCGCUAGCAAUAGGCUCUUUCCCAAUACUUCCGGAAACACUGUCAGCGUUCAGAUGUGCAACGAAAAUAACUAUGCUGGGGAAAAAUAUGACGCCGGAUUUGAUCACGGCCAUUGCUACCAAUAUGCCGAAUCUGAAGCAUAUUGGACUCAAACAUUUUUCUGCCGCUACAUUACAGUUAUUGCAUCUAUUCGUCGUUGCAGAAGUGCUCACUGUAGAAUUUUCCAUAUCAUUAUUAGUCUACUCCCGAGGCACUGUAGCAAACAUCAAAGAAAUCCAUAGUUUAAUUACAGAAACACCAAAAGCUUCAGAUAUUGAACACUUACGUUCACAGUUUCCCAAACUGAAAUUAUUGAAGGUGGGAACAAUGUUUGAAAAAAGCUUUCAAAACUGAUUACAUGUCGUUGAAAAACGUACAGAUUAUCUAUUAGUAUGCGGUAACAUAUGAUCUUAUGUGUCAAGUCCUCGGAAAAUAAUGUAUUAUUUAGGGGUGAUGGAAAUUCAAUAAAUAAUAUGCAAUAAUACAAUAAAA